AUGACAGUGGACUUUAAUGGGAAGAUUGAUGCUCUGUAUCUGGAUCUGAAUGGAAUAAUUGAAGUUCUGAACACUCAUGUCAAGAAGCUUGAUACUCAGGUUGCUCAGACUGCAGACUCUGUAGAAAGGCAAGAAGGAUUCCUUCCUGGAAAGACUGAUACCAAUCCUAGGCAUUACUGCAGUGUCAUUUCAUUAAGGAGUGGUAAAAAGUUGACUCCUGUGCUUCAAAAUGGUGUUUCUGAUGAUGAAAUCGUGGAGUUUGACGAAUCUGAAGAAAAUUUAAAAACUCAGAGCCAGUGUCGAGCGACACCAUCUCUAGUGUCGCGCGACACCACUCGCAGAGCGAAGCUGAAGAGUCCUAAGAAAUCUAAACAGGAGUUAGAUGCUGCUAGAUGCAAGGCUUUGAUGGAGAAGCUUGUGAUUGAGAUUCUUUUAGUUGAUGCUGUGAAGAUUAAUCCUGUUCUUAGGCGUUAUGUGAAGAGGAUGGUGACUAAUAAUCUGAGUCAUGAGCAAGGAGUGAUGAUGAUUUCUGAACAUGUCAGUGCUGUGAUUCAGAAUAAGGUUCCAGAGAAGCUCUCGGACCCAGGAAGCUUUGUUUUGGACUGCUCUAUUUUCUCGGAGAGGUUCAAGAGAUCGCUGUGUGAUCUUGGUUCAAGUGUUAACCUAAUGCCACACUCUAUAGUUGUUAACCUUGGGAUGACUGAUUUCAAGUCAACUAAGAUCUCUUUGAUCCUAGCAGAUCGAUCUAAAAGAAUCCCAAUAGGUGUCUUGGAAGAUGUUCCGACUAAAGUUGGUGAUUGCAUAAUUCCUACAGAUUUCGUGGUUCUGGAAUAUGGAGAGAAACCCAAAGAUCCUCUUAUCCUGGGAAGAUCGUUUUUAGCUACAACUGGAGCAGUAAUUGAUGUCAAGCAUGGUAACCUUGAUCUCCACUUGGGAGAUACCAUCAUGACUUUUAAGAUGGAGAAGCUGAAGAAUUCAACCAUAGAUGGUCAGACAUUCCAAGUCAGUGCAAUACUUGAAGUGCUAGUUGGAGAACUGAACGUGUUUCAUGCUGAGAAAGUGAAAGAUCAACCUGAGUUGACGAAAACAUUUACAGAACCAGUGACUGCUGUUGAUCAGGAAGCUCAAAACAUCUCACUCAAUUCAUCUCCACCAAAGCAAAGGUACGCACCUCUUGAGCCUAAUCCUAAUUCUUGUGAUAUCAUCAAAGCUGAUUUGAAAGAUGCAGACUCUGUCUCACGACGCAAGUUACGAGAUUAUCGUAGAGCACUUGGUUUUUCCAUUGAUGAUAUUGCAGGGAAUAGGUUAAAGCCGUCCAAACACAGAUCUCACCCUAGUGUUAUUCCUGCAUUCCUUGGACGACCUUAUGCGCACAACGCUUACACACCACCAUGGAUGAGAUGA